AUGCUCUCCCACUCGCCCCGUGAAGAAACGCGUCGUAACGCUCGAUUGAACCCGAAGGGACACUGCAAAUUUUCGAGGGGGGUGAUUCUAACUAUCUCCAUAAAUCCCUUAUCUAUGAAGGACUUCCACGGCGCAGCUUCACCGCUGUCUACGAAAACAUUGGCAGGACAAUUUAGGAGCACCACGGCCACCCUGGCCCACAUCCCGACCGGUUGCGGGCACGUGUCCUAUCCCGGGAGUCGAUGUGGUAGGGCUUAG